GUCACUCCCACAGUCCGAAAACAAGCUCUAUCAAUCAGCAGAGAACGCUGAGGAGGCUUCACUCACACUGCACAACAUUUGGCUUUUGUUGAGCAGCUUUCAGGCAAGGAAGAUCCUCAUCCAGAAGAGAAGGAGUUCAGACAGACAUUGACUUUAUGGACUUCUGCUGAAUUUGAUCUCACAGACAUGGAAAAGGGGGACUAUUCAGACAGGGAGUAUUUUGUGAAAAGGAAGGUUUUGAAUGAGUUAUGUCUGGAUGAGGUGGCACAGAAAGGGACGUGGUCCACUAAACCAACCCUGGGUGAACAGGCGAAGGAGUCUCUGAGGUGUUCGGUGCCCAAGCUGAAGCAUGCGGUGCUGAGCUGGGUCCCUGUGAUGGGCUGGCUGCCUCACUACUCCUUCAGGGAAAAUGCUGUGGGGGACCUGAUCUCUGGCUGCAGCGUCGGCAUCAUGCAUCUGCCACAGGGCAUGGCAUACGCUCUGCUGGCCUCAUUACGUCCGGUGUUUGGUCUUUACACCUCCCUCUACCCAGUGCUGGUCUACUUCAUCUUUGGUACUUCCAGACACAUCUCCAUAGGUACGUUUGCUGUGGUCAGCAUCAUGAUCGGCAGUGUGACGGAGAGGUUGGCCCCAGACGCUAACUUUAUUGUAAAUGGCACUAAUGGAACAGAAAGUGUGGACGUGGAUGCAAGGGAUGCGUACAGGGUACAGAUAGCCUGUUCCCUCACGGUCCUGACAGGAAUCUUUCAGUUACUGCUGGGUGUGGUCAGGUUUGGUUUUGUGGUCACUUACCUCUCUGAGCCCCUGGUUCGAGGCUACACCACAGCAUCAGCAUGUCACGUGUGUGUGUCCCAGCUCAAGUACCUGUUUGGAGUCACUCCGGCUCGCUUCACUGGUCCACUCUCCCUUAUUUACACUCUGGUGGAUAUUUGCCGGCUGCUGCCUGAGACAAAAGUGCCCGAGCUGGUGGUCAGCCUGGUGGCGCUAGCUGUUCUCAUUGUGGUCAAAGAAAUCAAUGCCUGUUACAGACAGAAGCUGCCUCUGCCCAUCCCGAUUGAACUCAUUGUGGUCAUAGCAGCGACAAUCAUCACCCAUUUCUGUGGACUUCCGAGUAAAUACAGCAUCAGUGUGGUUGGAGAGAUUCCCACUGGGCUCAAGGCCCCUCGUGCUCCAGAUGCCACAUUGUUCUCAAAAGUGAUAGGCGACGCUUUUGCAGUGGCCAUCGUGGGCUACGCCAUCAACAUUUCCCUGGGCAAAACAUUUGCUCUCAAACAUGGCUACAAGGUGGAUAGCAACCAGGAACUGGUUGCCCUGGGACUCAGUAACACCAUUGGUGGUUUUUUCCAGUGCUACUCCGUGACUUCCUCCUUGUCUCGCAGCCUCGUCCAGGAGAGCACAGGGGGGAAAACACAAGUUGCGGGAGUGAUUUCCUCCGUCAUUGUGCUGAUCACAAUUUUGAAAAUCGGUUCCCUCUUUGAAGAUCUUCCCAAGGUAACAAUCUCCCUCCAGUGCCAUUUCUUUCUAAAGUUUGGUAUUUCUCUUGGCAGGGAAUUUAAGAAUCACUGGGGGGUGUGGGUAUAUUCAAAUACAUCUGUGUGUUUUUGUGUGUGUGCUCCCCAGGCUGUUUUAUCCACAAUAGUGUUAGUGAAUUUGAAAGGAAUGUUCAAGCAGCUCACGGAUGUGCCCGUGCUGUGGAAGUCCAACAAGGUCGAUCUGCUGGUGUGGCUGGUGACAUUCAUAAGCACCAUCCUGCUCAACCUAGACCUGGGUCUGGCUGUCUCCAUCGGCUUUUCCAUGCUCACGGUCAUCUUCAAAAUGCAACUACCUCGCUACUCCAUCUUGGGCCACGUGUUAGGCACUGAACUGUAUCUGGACAUGGACACCUACAAAGAGGCCAAAGAGAUUCCAGGAAUUAAAAUCUUUCGUUCAUCCACAACUAUCUGCUACACAAAUGCUGAGAUGUACUUGGAGGCUCUGCAAGAGAAGAGUGGAAUAGAAAUCGGGAAGCUGCUGGUGGAGAAGAAGAAACGAGUCGCAAAGCUGAAGCGUAAACAAGAGAAAGAGAAACAGAAAGCUAAAAAGAAGGAUAAAGCAGACGGCCACUUGUCCAAUGGUGCAGUCUCUUUAAAGGAGUUAGAGAUGAAGGACGGGGAAAUCUCUGCAAGAGCAAAAGGACCUAGUGAGGGGAAUGUUGUAGCCUUAAGCCUGACAGAAACCUCCACAAGUGGUCUUAGUAAAGGCCAAGUAAACUGGGCUUACCAGCAUGACACAACCAUGUCAGACUCUGAUUCAGACACGGUGGGCCGCACUGAUGACAGCAUCACCCAUGUGUCACAACACAGUGACGAGGAAAAGGGAAGGGCCCGCGGGUCAGGCACGCACAGCAUCAUCUUGGACCUUUCCACGACCAGUUUUGUGGACACAGUCACCGUGAACACCUUGAAAAAUAUAUUCAGGGACUUUGGAGAAAUUGAUUUGGACAUCUAUCUAGCAGGCUGCCAAGCAUGUGUCGUGGAGCAGCUGGAGACAGCAGAUUUCUUCUCACAGUCCAUCCCAAAGAGCAGGCUCUUUGUCACAGUACAUGAUGCUGUGCUUCAUAUUCUCUACAAACUGGGGCAUGCAGACUUUGUAGUUGAUGUGCCCUGCACCACCCAGAUGUGACCAGCAGGGGUCAGACUGUUCGCCAUCUUCCCCCUCCUCCUCCUCUUCUCAGCCUGCUGGCUGUUCCACUGCACCUCAUUGGUCAUUGUUGUCUCCUCCCCUCUUCAGUAAGGGAGAAUGCACCACCUUGACAUGGCGGCUGGUUGCCAUGGAAACACAGGGAGCCGUUGCUGUGGCAACGGGCUUUUUAUGAUAUCGCCUAAUGAGAUAGCCAGCAAUACGUCACUGCAGCUCUCUCCCUCCGUGGUGUGUGUGAGAGACAGAGACGGGCGGGGGUUGAGUGGGAGAAUGUAACACCGGACUAAUAGGAGUCUGUAUUUAUAGCCCGUGAGAGAGGAGAGAAUGAGUGAAAGGUUGACUGGAAGUUGAAACUCAUAUAUGAAAGGUGUUGCUAUGAACAGCUGGGCCAUGGUGUGGGUGCAUACACUGGUCUGUCAUUAUAAAUUGUCAAACCAAUGCAGUUGGCCCUCCUCUUCUUUCAGAACAGGAAAUGUCUUCCACAACGAAUCAAUAAAAUGUAAAUAUUUGUCAUUGAUAUGGCCAAGGCCAUUCCCUCUGGGAGGGGUUUUCAGUUCUGACGCUACCACUCACUUGCUCCCAAAGCCUGAAAGAAUAAGCUGAAUUGCAAAAAUUAUGCAAUAGGUGUUACAUUUAAACAGAGGAGAAGCUUGUAAAUACACAGCAUGAGUGUAUUUAUAGUCAGUGUUCACAUGUCUGAUUCCUCUGACAUCUUGAGCUCCCUUCUAUUUUGGGAUCCAGUGUCAAGUUAUCAUCUGCUACCAUCACCGUCAAAACUGUUUUGUAAUAUAUCCAUUCAUGAUUUGGAUAGCCGACUUAAAGAUAUUUGCUCCUAACUAUGAAAUUAGUUAGGAGCAACUACUAGCAUUUUUUUUACUUUAUUUGAAAGCAUAGAAUGCUUAAAAGUUGUACAAGAAAGGUCCAUUUGAAUGUGCAGUUACAUAAAUUUGGAAAAAUAACUUUCCUUUUAAACAUAUUUCAAUGGGAUUGAGCCACAAUACACAACUUUUUAAUUUCUAUCAUACGUUUUAUGAAUAAUGUAUGAAGGAGACCAUGUAAAUAAAGAGUCUGAGAAACACA